CAAUGCCGAGAUAAACAUCUCAGUCCAAUCAAGACAACUGAACUGGGUCAAAAUAACACAGUGACUAGAGUCCUUUGCAAACAAUUUACUGCAAGAUUAAAACCAAGAAAACAUCACUACUGGAAAGUUUGCUGAGUUCCGAAAUGUACCAGCAGGUGUCAGCAAACACUCGCCACUGAGUCUGUUGAGCCAUUUCAAAGCCCAUAAAGAAGAAGAACAGGCGACGUCAGCUAACGUAGACAUGGCGACAGGUGUGGAUCAGGCUGUCGGCACGAGUCUCGUUGUUUUCAGUCUUGUGCUGUUUACUUACUACACUGUCUGGGUCAUUGUUCUGCCUUUCGUCGACAGUGAUCACCUUCUGCACAACUACUUUCUUCCACGAGAGUAUUCAGUAAUUCUGCCCGGUGUUGCAGCAGUGAUUCUGCUCCUCUGUAUAGGUGGCUUCGCUGCUGUCAUCUUGUGGAAAAAUUCCAAAACAAAGAAAGUGAUCUGAGGGUGAUCACAACCGGCUAACGGAACAGAUUUACAAAGCAAAUUAAAUAAACCAAAACCAAAACAACAUAGUUUCUCAAAUUUGUCACUGUUAAGCUUCUUAGAAGGGGUCUUUGUGGAAAUACUAGAUGUUAUUUAUUUCAGUCAGGCGCCAUCUGGACAAGUCCACUAGUCAGUGUGGGCUUGGAAUUGCAGAAAGAUGCAACAAGGAGACAGGAAAAAUAAUAGCACAUGAGCUCUAUUUCUGUAGGAGCCGACAUCCACUACUCAGAACCUAAGAUCGUCUUAUUCCAUCGUCUCAUCCCAGGCCCAGUCAGCGGCUCCGCGCAGAAAUAUUAUUGCACAAGUCUAUGUUAGACUUUGGCAAAGAGAACAAAUAAUUGUUCAUAGAGUCUGUCUGUCUGUCUUAAAUAAUCCCGCUUUAUUUAAUUGAGUAACAGGUCCAGCCUUUGUAAAUGCUGUUUGUUUAUGUGUUCUGAAGACAGUAGGUCUAGUUCCAACUGUGUGCACAUUAAAAUUAUGCUGUGAUAAAAGA